AUGGGGAGCACUGUCCGCUCCCAGAGCGUGCAGCGUCAGGAGCGUGCACUGGAACGGGGGCGUGCCCCUUCGGAGGUCCAGAGGAUGGUGGACCACGUGAAGAAGUAUUACAAUGAUUUCCUCACGCGGGGGAAGGAGGCACUGGCAUCCCAGCUCUUUGAUGACGACGUCGUGCAUAAGGACCUCGUCUGGGAUCCAGCACACCCUACUGUGGGAGUGCAUGGGAUGCAGCACUACCUUCACGACCUCAGGACAGCCUUCCCUGACUUCACCAUAGAGAUUGACCAGAUUGCCACCUGCGACAUGAACUCCCUGAUGGUGCAGUACAGCGGGACUGCGACGGGGCUGGGCGAAUACCAUUCGCACAAGCCCUCCCACCAUGUCUCGGCCUUCUCCGGGAUCAAUUUGGUUCGCUUCAAUCACGACCGAUCCAAGAUCGUGGAGAUCCAGGUGUAUCGGAGUGCCUUUGCUGAGGACCGACUGGAGCUGGGGGAGAGGGAGCUGCAUGGGGAGGGAGGCUUCCGGGAGCUCCGCCUCAGGCGCCUCGUCUGA